CAUUGCACCAUGAAAUUCAGUGUAGGAUUCGAUUUUGGGUGAGACCUUUUGUGCAUAACCAGUUUUGGGGCCAGGUUUGGACCUGUCCUCACCCUGCUGCCUCCUUGAUUCCGUUUUUUUGGGAGAGACAGUGCUGCAGGAUGCUUCUGUCCUGCCAACAAAGGAGAGCCGGGGGUCCCUGCUUGCAUUCCCCCACCUCGCAUCGGGCUGAAGGGGAAGGGCAGGGGGAAAGCAGGGAUGCGCGGAAGGGAUGCGGGGAUGCGCGGGGGGGCGGGCUGCCGGCAGUCGCCAGGGCAACCUGCCGCCAUCUCUCGCCUUGCCCGAGCGGGGACCAUCCCGCCGCCCCUCGGAGGGACCCUCCGGUGUCAGGGGGGAUGCGAAGGCGGGGUGCGAGGGGGCCCCGGUCCCUCCCGCCCCACCGCCGUGCCCGGAUUGCAGCAUCCCGCCCGCCGCAGCGCCGGGAUCGGGCCGGGGAGGCUGGAGGGCUCAGCACCGCCGGAGGAUGCUGCGUCCCCUCGCCACAGCCAGAGCAACGCCACGCAUCUCGGAGGCAAGGAGGAAGGGUCCAGAUCCUUCUGGUCAUCUGAUUCAGGUCAAGCAGGACUUUGCAUUGCCAACAGCCCACAGAUCACACCGGAGUGGCUCCCAGUUGCUGCUGCCCACCGGGAGGGAGGCAAGGGGCUUUUUCAGUCCCUGGAGGAUUGAGAGGUAAAAUAUUUCCAGCUCGGUUUCUCCUUCUGUUUGCUUUCCCCUCAGCGGUUAAUGAAACCAUUGAUAUUUGUAGAGGUUGUUAAGGCAGAUGGUGGACUUCAUUCCCAGUCCAUGCUACCAGUUUGUCACUGGCAGCUGAGGUGCCACCAGCAGCCAAAGUCUCCCUGUGCACGGUUAAUGCAUACACCGUGCCCAAACCCCCUAAAAUCCCAAACAGCUGGGAUGCCCUGGCCCGAAGACAGAUGAUACUGCCCUGAGGAGUGACGUGAAAGCAUCUGGGCUGGGGGUGGGGUGGAUGGAUGGAGGUAGCAGGUGGGCCACAGCUAGAGCUGCCCAACGCACGUGGCCAAGAGGCAUGGCAAGGGACUGUGCUUUGCCUCUGCUGUGUGCCACAGCUUUCAUCUCUUUCUUUCUCUCUGCCCAUGUCCUGCCUGCAGGCUGGCCCCUAUCCCCAGCAGUGUCCCAUUCAUGGACCACCACCCAGCAUGAGUGCUGGCGCUGAGCAGCUCCCAGCAGGGCCCCAGGCGGCUGGUGUGCCCCUCUGGACCGUAUCCAGCUGGGCUGCCUCCGAGGUGCCUCCCAACACCAGUGCAGCUGCAGGGGAGGCUGGCCAGCAGCAGGGGCAGGCGGAGUGGGGCAGCAAGGCAGGAGAGAUCGCAGGCAUGGUGGUGAUCCAGUGCAUCUAUGCCCUGGUAUGUCUGCUGGGACUGCUGGGCAACUCCCUGGUGAUCUUCGUCAUCCUGCGCUAUGCCAAGAUGAAGACAGCCACCAACAUCUAUCUGCUUAACCUGGCCAUCGCCGAUGAACUCUUCAUGCUCAGCAUCCCCUUUGUGGCCACAUCAGCUGCCCUGCACCACUGGCCCUUUGGCCGGGCCCUGUGCCGCACUGUGCUGGGCGUUGAUGGACUCAACAUGUUCACUAGCGUCUUCUGCUUGACUGUCCUCAGCUUGGACCGCUACAUUGCAGUGGUGCACCCACUGCGGGCAGCCACCUACCGCCGUCCUCGGGUGGCCAAGAUGGUCAAUGGGGGCGUGUGGCUUCUCUCCUUACUGGUGGCCUCACCCAUCCCCAUCUUUGCCGGUACAGCAACCACCCGUGACGGCCAGUCAGUGGCCUGCAACCUCCUGUGGCCAAGCCCAGCCUGGUCAGCUGCGUUUGUGGUCUACACCACCUUGCUGGGCUUCUUGCUGCCAGUGUUGGCCAUGGGGCUUUGCUACCUGCUGAUUGUGGGCAAGAUGCGGGCAGUGGCACAGAGGGUGGGCUGGCAGCAGCGUCGGCGCUCUGAAGGCAAGCUGACACGCCUGGUGCUGAUGGUGGUCGCCAUGUUCGUGGUCUGCUGGAUGCCCUUCUACGUGGUGCAGCUGAUCAACCUCCUGCUGCCUGGCCGUUUGGAUGCCACAGUCAACAACGCCUCCCUCAUCCUCAGCUACUCCAACAGCUGUGCCAACCCCAUCCUUUAUGGCUUCCUCUCUGAAAAUUUCCGGCAUUCUUUCCACGGUGUGAUGCGCCGCUGCCUCGACACCAGCCUCUGCUGCUGCUACACCAGGGAGGGGGCUGCCGAGGAGGAGGAGGAGGAGGAAGAGCCCCUUGACUACUGUGCCACUCCCCGCGGGGAUGACAAGGGCAAGGGCUGCAUGUGCCCACCCUUGCCCUGCCAGCAGGAGCCCGUGCACCCUGAGCCCUGCUGCAAGCCUGGACCCCUCCUCUCAAAGACCACCACCUUCUAGGGUGCCCCAUGCCUUGCCAAACCCCAGAUAAGCAUCUCCAUCAGGCACGGGCAAAGGGGACUCCAGCCAGAGAGCGGGAAAAAUGCCAUGCCCUGUGCCGCCAGUCCUCACUUGUGCUGUGCCAUUCGACAAAAUAAAAAGCCAUAAGACUGGCCCGUGAUACAGUUAAUUACGUCAAUUGAGUGAUUAUUGCCAUUACCUUUGGCACCAAGGAGCCUCUGCUGCCAUCAGUGAUGAUGAGGAUUUCAAAAUGCAUUAGUGAACAGUGACUGUGGCAACAGGGUGGGUGCUCCUCCAGAAUAACAGAAUAUGAACUUCCCAUUCCUUCCCAAAAUAUGCUCUGAAAGAUGGAGAAACGACCUAAAGCCUAUCAGCCCAGUUAUGUCUAUAACAGAGUGUGGGGGUAGGACUGGACUGGACUUCUACAGCAGCUCUACAGGGUGUUGAGAGCACAGGAUCGGUUUGAUGCCCUUAUGUAAAAGGUAAAAGAAAAAAAAAAAAAAAGAGGGUUCUGAACCCUCUUAUGUUCCUCUUAUGUAAAAGGUAAA